AGUAAGAAGUAGUGAACUGUGAACGCUGCCAUGUACAUAUAGCGUUUACAUCAUCCCGAUCAGGAUCAGACGCCUUCCACAUGCAUUCGUCAUACGCGGAAAUUAUUACUAUUGUGACUCGGUGUAUUUUGUGGAAAUACCAGUGUAUGCGUUACUUGGUAGCUGCAACUGUCACUGCGCUGAGCAACACACACAGGCGACACACGGCACUGGCUGACCUGCGGCGGGUACUCUGGAUGCUGAACGCUCGGAAUCUAGUCAAAAUACUGACUGACUGACAGUGACAGUCGGCUGUUUCCUGGUCACUACUCUCCACACACUCAUGUCCGGACCUGGCUUUUGCCUCGCAGACACAUUCACCGACGACGCCAUGGCCAUGAGAGAUGUUGCAGACCAAGGGGGGUUCGGUGCCAGACCACAAGACCACACCUUCGCUAUGCCCACUCGUGGUGGCGGGAACAUGCUACAGUACGGUCACCGGGCCCGACUGUACACUCACCAGUCUGUAGCCAACAGUGAGUACUCGGACUACUACGGUUACUACGAGAUGUACGCCCCGGUUACUGCAGCGGACAUAAAGGAGGUGAAAACUCUUGGUAGAAGUUUAUUCAAGUUGAAGAUUGCCUAUGUUGUUUUGACCCUAUUCAUUGUGCUCAGUAUUGUAGCGUUCAUUCUCAUGAACCCAUCCGUGUCGCCCUUCCUGCACCGCGAGGAGCCCAUACGCUCGGUGCGCCUGGCGUGUGCAACCCUGGAGAGCGUCUGCGGAAGGGAAACUUCGGCUAUUAAAGACCUCCGACUUCCCACAGAUCUAAACACGUGCCAGCUGAAGAGUGUGGAAGAAAUUAUCAAGCUUAUACCUCACUGUACGGGCCCGAACAAGAGCUGAACUGAACUUUUGACCUGGGCCUCUGUGCAUCUGUGAUGUGACGCUGGACACAGUUGUGUGCAUCUGUGAUGUGACGCUGGACACAGUUGUGUGCAUCUGUAAUGUGACGCUGGAUACAGUUGUGUGCAUCUGUGAUGUGACGCUGGACACAGUUGUGUGCAUCUGUGAUGGGACGCUGGACACAGUUGUGUGCAUCUGUGAUGUGACGCUGGACACAGUUGUGUGCAUCUGUGAUGUGACGCUGGACACAGUUGUGUGCAUCUGUGAUGUGACGCUGGACACAGUUGUGUGCAUCUGUGAUGGGACGCUGGACACAGUUGUGUGCAUCUGUGAUGUGACGCUGGACACAGUUGUGUGCAUCUGUGAUGUGACGCUGGACACAGUUGUGUGCAUCUGUGAUGUGACGCUGGACACAGUUGUGUGAGGUGGUAGGGACAGCCAUUGGAUUGCUCUGAUACUACAGUUAUUUUCAAUUUAGGAGGAAGUUUCUCACUUACUCAUAAUCAGUACACUACAAGGAACUCGAUACUGAAGUAGUACCGACAUUAUGCUCUGUGAAUGAGAAGCCCCUCCCCUCAUCUCCUCAUGUGACAUCUUGUGCAACGUUCCCAAAACUGAUCACGUGGCUCCCUUCACGUGUCCCGGGACGCGUGUUAUCUGACCUCAACCUUUAUAUACACUUGAUUUAGUCCAGGCUAUCUGUGUGUAACAGGUCUAUUGAUCUCCCAAGUCAACACAAGCUAUUAGAAGACAGUUUCAUGACAGUGGUUGUGCUGUGAAGAGUGCGUCAUUCACAGGUAAUCCUCAUGGCAGGACCAUCGGACUUUUAAGUCAUUGCACAGGACGGGAACACAUGACUUUGGGACUAUGUGCUUGAAAUGGCACGUGAUGAUGUUUCUGCAGUAUUUCAACAUGGACCAAGAUGUGCCACUUCUAUAUUGUUAUUCAUAUACUUGGUUAAUGUGUUACUAGUUGUUUAUUAAAAACAUGUCUUACAA